AUGAUAUCAUCGGGGGUACUUAUCCUGUUGUUAGACGCCGCACUGUUGUUCCCCGCCUGUUGGGCGGCUUCGUUACAACCUCCAACUCCGGCCGUCCUGCAUAAGCGCGCGACGUCCAAGGCAGGCUUGGCAUGGCCGGACGGCCCCUACGUGGACAUGAAUCAGUACACUUCCACUGGUAGAGUCUCUUGGUACUACACUUGGAAUCCUAGUCCCGACGAUUCUGCGACGGUCGAAUUUGUGCCUAUGCUAUGGGGCACGAGCCAGUUAGACCAAUGGUCAUCCACAAUCAACCAGACUAUCGAGGGGAAGAAAGUCGCCAAUGUACUAGGGUUCAAUGAACCAGAGAACCCAGCUCAGUCCAAUAUGACAGCGCAAGAAGGUGCCGACCUUUGGAGACAAUACAUUGAGCCUCUGAAGACCUCCCAUGGCGUACGCCUUGGUACGCCUGCUCCUGAUGGAGACGAAGCAGGGAAGACUUGGCUUCAGGACUGGCUUACUUCGUGUAACGGCGGAUGCACCCCCGACUUUCUGGCCUUACACUGGUAUGGUACGGACGUUGGAAACUUCAUUGCAUACAUCAACGACUAUCACUACACGUUCAACUUGAGCGUCUGGGUGACGGAAUGGGCCUGCCAGAACUUUGUGGACGUCAAUUCACAAUGCUCCGCGGACGAUAUCGUGUCAUUCAUGAAUCAAACGCAGGCAUACAUGGACGAGACAGAGUGGGUAGAACGAUACGCAUGGUUUGGAGCCAUGACACAGAUGCCAGAUGGCGUAAACUCAAAGGACGCUAUCAUGGGUUCUGACGGCAAGAUCAAUAGUCUUGGCCAGCAAUACAUCGGCUCUACUGGUACAGCCACGAUAUCCUCUGCAAAUAUGGCUCCAAGUAGUUUAACUACGGUACUUUUGAUGGCGAGUCUCGCAAGCCUGCUCCAUGUGGUGGUCUAG